AUGGCUUUGACAACCUUGACGCUGGUCCCAAGAGCUUGUUAUUGUCUUCCACCAUCGCGUUUCGGAGGAAGAAGAAGAAGAACACGGCAAGUAAUCAAGGCGGAGCUGCCGUCUGCGGAGAUGGGGAGUGGUCGGCCGGCGUCGAAGCUGAUGGAGUUUCCGCAUCUGACGGCUGCGCACAGAGAUCUGAUGGUGGAUUUAAUCCAAGCCGUCGAUGAUGGGGUCGGAGAGCAUCUACUUCCGUCGACGGUUCCGUCAGAUGUAGAGUAUUAUCAGAACCAAACCGGCACUUCACAGGGCACUCUUCUCAUCCGAUCUGCCAUUCCACCGUCGCCGAUUGAUUUCGUGAUUGCAAGUUGGUUACACUUAAAGCAACCACACGGCGGCGCAUUCAACAUAACCAACAUCGCCAGCUACCUGAAAACCACAAACGACAUUCCUCAUUUCCAAUUCGAGCUAGUGCAAUGCAGCCCUACUUUUCUAAUCUUCUUCCUCGAUUUGAUCCCUCGAGUUGAUAUCAUCCUCCGUCCCGACUACCUCACCACUUUCUACGAGGAGACUGAGCUUGAGAAGUAUCGACGCCGACUCGACGCCGUGCCGGAAGUAAGCCCGUACUUCUCCUCAUCACUUUUCUUUCGAAAAGUUGUUUCGUCGACGGGAAUUCUAGUGAGUAUGAAGUGCGAGGAGAGCGAGUCGGGGCGUGUGGAAGAGAUUAUUCGUGAGGAAAUCGGUCCGAUCUCGAAAGAGGUGUUGAGGAUAUGGAUGGAGUUGUGUAGUAAUGGAGGAAGGGAGAUUGAAGAUGGUAAUGAAAGGAGUUUGUUGGAGAAGAGAGAUCUUAUGAUUAAGAAGAAAGCAAUCGAAAUGGAUCUAAGCAAAACGAUGCCAUUGCAAUUUGGAGAAGAAGUUGCAGAGAGAGUUCUUCGAGUUAUUAGAAGUUCUUUCAAAACUAUUUGAUUUCUAGAUAUUAAACGAGUUGCAAUGUGAUUAGCUCUAUGUGAUAUUAUAACGUGAUAGGUGACAAAAGAAAGUAUGCACACAUUUGUAACAUUAGCUUUGGUGUAUAUUGUCAAAUGUGUAGCGUCGAGACAUUUGGAAGCGACGACUUGA